UGAUAUAACGACAACGUAAAUACAUACCUACUAAAUGUGAAGGUUCAGUAAAUAAACCGCGAAAUAAUUUUAACACGUGUUAUAAAUUAUAAAAUUUAUAAAUGAAAUGCUUAAUACUUAAAUUACAAAAGAAUAUUGCAACAUAACCAUGGAUCUUGUCAAAAAAACAUCAGAAAUGUCCUUAAAAAGUAACGGUGAAAGUAAAAUGCAGCAGAAACGUGAAGAUUAUAUUGACUGGACAGAAUAUUUUAUGGCCAUGGCAUUUUUGGCGGCAAAGCGUAGCAAGGAUCCACAUUUCCAAGUCGGCGCGUGUGUAGUGAAUAAAGAAAAUAAAAUUGUCGGAAUUGGAUACAAUGGAAUGCCUAUUGGCUGUAGUGAUGACAAAUUUCCUUGGGGAAAGAACACCCCAUCACCUUUAGACAGUAAAUCACUUUAUGUAUGCCAUGCAGAAAUGAAUGCUAUACUCAACAAAAAUUCAGCUGAUGUCAAGGACUGUACCAUAUAUGUAGGCCUCUUCCCUUGCAAUGAGUGUGCUAAAAUAAUCAUACAGUCCGGGAUCACUGAGGUUGUGUAUCUGGCACAUAAAAGCUGGGACAAACCUAAGUAUGCUGCAUCCAAGAUUAUGUUUGAUGCUGUCGGAGUUAAAUAUUGGCAAUACAAACCGAAAAAUGAUAAAAUAGAAAUCAGGUUUACCAUCAGCAAUGAUGGGCCAUCAUAACAAACUAAAUAAGAGUAGUAUAAUUAUACAAUUAGUAUAAAAAAUUUACAAUCAAUAUUCAACAACUUAAUAAUUAUGAAAUAUCAUAAUUUAAUAUAAUAGAUUUGACAUUUCUUUUAUUAAAAAUGAGAAAUAAAACAAAUAAUUUUGUAAAAUAAAAUUUUAUUACUUUAUGUACAAGACGACGGGGUACAAAAUACUCCAAUAAUUGGAAAACAACAAGACCGUAACACAAUAUUUUACGCGAAAUAAAGUCCCUGAGCAGAACAGGACGGUGUUUAAGAAUAAAGAAUAAAAAAAGGAAAAUUAAAUUAGGAUACAAUGCAUACCGAGUUAUUUACGUCGCCGUUCUGACGCCAGGAAGACAAAUGUUCAGUCUAAAACACGAAAAGCUUUGUCAUAACUUAAGAAAUUUUUGAGUAGGAGUACCUUUCCACGGAUUAAAUUUCCACAACAACAACAAAAAAUAGCUCAGAGCUAUGUAAUUUAUUUAUUUGCAUAUAAAUAUUUUGAAUAGGCACCCUUAUAACAAAUGAUUGCGUUAAGUUUAUUUGUUGUAAUCUUUGACAUUGAUAAUCGUGUAUUAGACACCAAGUUGUCACCCAUAUUGACUGACUAUGUGUACUUUUGUAUAAAUUGUUUAAAAAAAAAACCACUUAAUUUCUUUAAAGUUUGUGUUAACAAUUUUGAUGACAUUGUAUUAUUAUAUCAAAGUUUAUUGUCCAAAUAUUAUACGAGCUUCGAUAUAAUGUUGCAAUCAACAAUUUUUUUUGUGAUUAGAGGUAUUGUCAUGUAAAAAUUUGUUAUCCGAAUUUCAUAAGAGUUAUGUAAUGACAUUUCACUUAUCUUAAUCUUUCUAUGAAAGCUAUUAAAGAAGAGAUAUUUAUUGUACAAAUAUUUUUGUUCUCAUUGACCUCCAAUCACAGAAUUAGUAUGUAAAUAAAAUUGGAAUUUAAAAGAAAAAUACUGACAAAAGACAUGUCUUCCAUUUUUCAUGAUUAUAAAAGUGUUAAAUUGAGUCCGUCCAAUUUCCAUAAUAUUAUGUCCUUACAGCAGUCAAUAAACGAGUCGACAAAUGUAUAGAGCUAACUGUAUAUUACAGUAAAAACUUAAAAGUAAUCAUUUAUUUACAAAGCGAACCUCGAUUCAGUUAUAAUUAUUGCGUGAGGUUUAAAAACUUACUUUCCACACAUUAUAUUUAUACAUUAAAACUCAGCGAUUUAAAUACAAUUAUCUUAUUUAUAAGUUGAAUAUUAUUGAACACUUGAGGCCACACAGCUUGAAGAAACAAAUUUGAAGAAACGUCAACGAAUGUUUAUUAAUAACUAAACCAAAUAAAAAACAGUCAAAUUGAGAAUAUCCUGUUUUGGAAACGUCGGUUAAAAACAACUGCAAAGUUACGUGAAAGCCACUAAUGAGGCGAUAUAACACCCACAGAUUGUCUAUCAGGAAGAAGGGCAGGAAGCGAAAAUCUUAUAAACUAAAUACAAGGAACAUUUCAAUUGCAACAUAUUGUAAAUUCUAAUGAUGAAAUGAGAAACGUCGAAAAUUGCUUGUAAUAGAUCACCUACCCGCAGCCGAUCAGUAGUCCCCAUUGCAUAAUAAGCCGCAGAUUAAAAACGCCCUCUAUCGCUGAAAACUAA